ACUGUACUGCAGCAUUAACAAACUAGCCGAUAAGCAGAGCUGAGGAUACCAGCACAGAAUUGAAUUAAUUGACGAUCAGUUUGGAUUGAGUGCUCGACACGCUUAGAAGUGCUGCGAUUCAUUUAGCCACAUUUUUAUAUAUAAAAAAAGUUUUAUAUAUAAAAUAAUUACAAAAAUUAAAGUUUCUAAAUAAUAAUAAUUUAAAUUGUAAGGAUUACAAAGGCUUUGUCUACCACAUAUAAAUAAAUAAAAUAAGAUCCGGAAGGUUGACAGCGCACAAAUCAUGUCACGCUACGAAAACCAAGUGAUCCUCUCGAUCUUUUUGUUGAUCCAACUGACGACGUUGUGUCUAAGCGGUGCAUCCAGUACUACUUCGACGGUUAGCAGCGGGUUCGUGGGCGACAGUUCACUUGAUCUGAAUAAUAAAAACUACUAUUGCCUGCGGAAUGUAACCUAUUAUGAGGAGAUAGCUGUGGACAAGACCCGCGAAGUGGAGAUUAAACCGAGCGGCGCCUUCAAAUGGUUCAAGAAGAGCAAAACACAGGUGGAGCACUACGUCGAUAUGGUAAAGGUGCCACAUCAGCGACUAAAGAACGACUGCUGCGAAGGUUACGCGAUGGCUGCCAAUAAGACUUGUCUGCCAGUUUGCGAGCCCGCUUGUCCGACCAACGCCUUCUGCCAUGCACCCAAAAUGUGCCAGUGCCGACGUGGCUACGACGCUGUCAAGUCGGCGCUGAAUGGCACACACUACUGCGAACCGCGCUGUGCGUCCGGUUGCCCCUAUGGUGGUAAGUGUAUGGCGCCAGAAAUGUGCGAGUGUGCACUCGGCUAUCGCGCCCAUGCGGGCAGUUGCAUACCCACUUGUGCUUCGGAUUGUUUGAACGGACGUUGUAUAGCGCUGAACCAGUGUAGUUGCGAUGCGGGCUACGCUAAGGACUCGGCGACCGGUGAAUGUGUGCCAUUGGUGGACUGUGGUGUGGUGGAUUGCAUAGAAACGGCAAACACUACUGAGAGCAGCGACGGCGUUGAAGGGACGAUAAAUAGUGUAACAGCGCUAAAUAUAAACGAGUUCGACACGACCGAAGCUGAGCUGGUGGCUACCGGCACCGACGAAAAUGCCAUCACUGGUAAUCCAGCAUACAACAACUCUGAUAGUGAUGGUGAUGAUGACGAUAUUGUACUUUUUCCCAGCAACGAGGAGGAGACGAAUUGUACACUUCAGCCCUGCAUCGGUAAUACUGCAUGCAAAUUGGUUGGCAGUUGCGCAUGCGCUGACGGCUUCAUACGCCACCAACCGGCACCAGUGAAUAGUGUAGAGGUGGGCCCCAUUUGUAUGACAGCCAGCGACCAGGAUGGGCUCACAAAUAAACGCGAUGCUGAUGGUGGUUGGACAGCUAGAUUCUUUAUAAUUGUAGGCGUGGCGGUGAUGAUGUGCGCUUUGGCUGUGUUGUUCGUAAAGUUGUGGCGUCACCAGCAUGGCUCUUUAAAUGUGGAAGGGAAAACCGAACCGUGUUGUAGAUAUGAUAAAAAUAGUACAAGCUCAGACAGCGGACAUGUGGACAUGUGCUGAGGGAUGGAUGUGUAGUUAAGAUUCAUUGUGUAUGUACGUAUGUACUGUCUCUCUUUCAUUUUUAAGCUUUAAUAUGUUAAUAAUAUGCCAUAAUAUCAUUUAGUUGUUAUAAAAGUUUAUUGUAUAUAUAAAACAUAAAAAUAAAUAAGUAGAUAAGUUUGUAUAAAAUA